GUGACUCACAGCUUUAAUCCCAUCACUCAAGAGGCAGAGGCAGGUUUAUCUCUAUGAAUUCUUCUGGACAGCCUGGUCUACAUAGAGAAACAGUUGGCCUUCCUGAUCAGCUGGGAAGCUGUCCAGGAAAGGAAAGGGUAUCCUGAGACAUGGGAGCCCAGAAACCACACGGCUCUGACUGGAGACCUCCUCAGCAGCGACACUGCAGUUCCCAGGGGAGAGUUACCCCAACCCCUGAAGAACUAAGAUGCUUAGUAGCCUGAGCUCCACUCCUUCUCUGCUCCUUCUCUUCUGAGCUUCUUGGCUUCUUCCAAUGACAGAGGCCCACUAAGCAGUAAAUCUCUUAAAUAGCAUUUACUGGAGGGACAAAUCCAGGAGAGGAAGAACAAAUUCAGCAGUGGCCAGCUCUGCUUCCAGGAGAAGACCCCAGAGAACUGCACAAACCCAGCCUUAAGGGAUGACCAGAGAUGACCAUUCAGACACAGUUUAUAGCCAAUCGAAAGUCUUUAUUUCAGAUGAUGUGACUACACUCAGGGGAGGAAUAACCACACCAAAGAAAGUGUCAUGCCCUCUAAGAAGGAACCUUCCGGAGUCACUGACCACCCCACCCCUGGGCCCACAGAGGAGAGACAUGAAUUAUUAAGGGGAAUUUGAGAAGCUCAGAAGCCAUGGAGCCUGGGAAGGUGGUGAGCACAGGGGCCGCUGUGGCUCAGGCAGCUCUGUGCCCUUCAGGGGCUCAUGCUGUCUCUCCCAUCCCACCUGCCAAACUGAUCGUGGUGGUGGAAGUGGAGCCGGGCCAGGGAUCAGGCUCCAAGGAGACCCAUGGCCCCACACUUCUUUUGGAUGGAUCCAAGAGCCUUCACCUGCGUCAGCCGGGCACUCUGGAGCCCCAGGAACACCACCUCACCUUUGACUCAGUGCUGGGCCCUGGUGCGACUCAGGAAGCAGAGCAGGAGAUGUUGACACAAAUCCAACCUAUGCUGGCCUACGUGGCCCAAGGGUACAAUAUAGCCCUGCUGCUCCAGGGCCGGGAAACGGAGGCACCCCGCUUUGUGCCUCAGGUCCUACAGAUGCUGUUUGAGGAAGCUCUGCCUCUCUGCAGCUCUGGUCCUGUGCUUUGUACUCUCAGUUUGGUGCAGAUUAGCUCCAGUGGGCAGACUCGGGACCUGCUCUCCCCAUGUCUGGAGGACCUGCCAGUACUGGAUGUGGCCCCUCUGGGCUUGGUUGUCAAAGAUGCCAGUGAAGUAGAAGUGUCUGAUGCCCAAGCUGCCUCUGAGCUGUACCUAAAGGCUGCUGUGAGUGAAGGCAGCCAUGUCCUCUGCAGGGCCUGUUCUCUGCUCACCCUUACCAUGUCCUGCCCUGGGCCUGAGACCCAGCAACUGUGGCGGGGUACCCUGAGGAUCAUGCAGCUUCCAGGAGACCCAGACUGCCCCCUGCUGCGAGUGCUGGCUGGUGAAGCUGCUGCUGAGGAAGAGGUGGAGGGCUCUCUGCCCUGGAUUGUCUCCUGGCUCCUGGAGGGAAACAGCUACAGUAGUUUACUUCUUCGUCUGGACCCGCAAGGUAGCUCCUCAAGUUUGCUCCAGAGUGCUCUGUUGGGGGCCGCACGAAAGAGGGUGCAAUUGAAAGAGGUGAGGCCCACCCUGUGGAAUGCAGCAGAGGAGAUAAGGGCCCGAAGGGCCACUCUGAAGACGCUGCGUUUAGGCCUCCUUGGAGACACCUUGACAGACGGUGGGUUGAACCAACUAGGAAGAGCCAUUUGGGAGCUACAGGUGGUAAAAGCCUGGGCCCCAAGAAGCCAUGUGCCCAAAGGGGCUAGAGCUGAGUCUAUGGAGCUCCCUGAACCACAGGUUGAAGGCAAGCCACUGAACUACUGUAAGCAGGGAAGACACUCCGCUCAAUCAUCAGAGGCAGAAAUAAGAGGAUUUCUAGGGUCUGGGCUCCACCAAAAGCAUCUUCUCAGGAGCUCCAAGGAACAGGUCCUUCAGGCCCCAGACGUGGCCCUGCAGUUCUUUCUGGCCCAGGCCCGGAGGCAGAGACUUCGAGAGGAACACAGGAUUCGGCUCCAGAAAGAGCUGAAACGUUUGGAAUACCAGGAGAAAGUGGCCUGUAAAGAGACCAAAGGGAUGGUGGCAGAAGAGGCUUGUGAGGAGAAAGAGACACAGCAGAAGGAGCAGAUGGUGCUAAAACUUCAGGUAGAAGCCCUGCAGGCAGAAAGGAACAUGGCAGAGCAAGAUCUGGUGGCCCUCUAUGACUUGUAUGUACAGGUGACCCGAGCUCGGACAUGCCACUUGCUGCAGGUAUUCCAAGCCUGGCAGGGGCUGUGGGAGGAGAAGGCUGUGGCUACAGAACAUCAUCACCGAAGUCUGCUGGCUGCUGUCCUCCAAGACACCAUUGAUCUGGCCUUAAAGAACCAGGAACUCCAGGCCCAGAAUCAGCAGCUUGAGCAGAGUGCAGGCAGGGCCAGCCAUGCUGGAGUCCUGCCCAGAGAGAAACCUGGUCAGGAAUACUUUGGGGCUACUUUCCCUUGUCCUCAUUCAUGAGGGCCCCAGAAGGGAGAAGGUGGGGCAUACCAACCAAGAUGGCUCUCAUUACAGCUAAUUACUACCACCCCUAACCAUGUUGCCUUGUACCAGUUUCACUAAGUC